AUGGAGAAAACUGAGUGGUCUGAUUUACCUGAAGAACUCCUAGAUUUAAUUGCAAACCGUUAUUCCUCCAACAUUGACGUCCUACGUAUCCGUAGCACCUGUAAAUCCUGGCGUUCUGCGGUUGCGAUGUCUAAAGAGCGUCUUCAGUUUCGCUUUGAACGCUACCUUCCUACCUCCAACAAGAAGAUAAAGGCUCAUCUCUCUCCCACCACUUUCUUCCGUAUAACUCUCCCUUCUUCAUGUCCUAACAAAGGAUGGCUAGUAAGAACUAGACAAGCCUCCAAAAUGUAUCGUAAGAUUACUCUCUUGUGUCCUCUCUCUGGCGAGCGCAUCACCCGUUCCCACCAAACCCUAGACCUUUUGAAGGUUGGCGUUUCAGAGAUUCGCCAAUCUUACGAGAUUCAAAUAUUCGAUGGAUUGAAGGACGAAAAGAUACCAUUAGAUUCAGAGAUAUUCUCUAAUUAUAUCAAGAAUAGUGACAAAAUACCAUCAGUCAAUUACCACGAUAAUAAAAUAUGGUGUUGUAAGACUAGAGAAGGAAGUAGAAGUUGGACAAAAAUUAAAAACCAAGUCGAAGAUUUCUCGGACAUUAUACUUCACAUGGGACGUAUCUAUGCCGUGGACUUAAAAGGAGCAAUUUGGUGGAUUAGUUUAUCACAGCUUACCAUUGUUCAACAGACAUCUUCAACUCCGUUGGACUACUAUAAAUAUGAUAGUUGCCAAGACACGAGGCUCGUGGAAUAUUGUGGAGAUCUAUGCAUUGUUCAUGAACUUAGCAUAACUCGAAAUCAUAUCCAGAGGACCGUUGGUUUUAAGGUUUAUAAGAUGGACGAGGAUUUGGCAAAAUGGGUUGAGGUUAGUUGCUUGGGAGACAACACACUCAUUGUUGCUUGCAACAGUUGUUUUACUGUCGUAGCCUCUGAGUACCAUGGAUGUUUGAAGAAUUCUAUUUACUUCUCUUAUUAUGAUGUCAAGAAGGCCGAAAAUAUAAAAGUGUUCAAGCUUGAUGAUGGUAGUAUCACCCAGAGGACUGAUAUUUCUUCUCAGAGUUGUUUUCACAUGUUCUCUCUUCCCUUCCUCAACUAUUAA